AUGAGCUCCGAAAACGACUCUCCCGUUCUCAAGCAUCUCGUCGAGGCUAACACGGCCUACGGCGACUCCUUCACCCACGGGGACCUUGCCCUGCCCCCGUCGAAGAAAUACCUCGUUGUAACCUGCAUGGACGCCCGCCUCGACCCAGCCGCCUCCCUCGGCAUCUCCCCCGGCGACGCCCACGUCAUCCGCAACGCCGGCGGCAGCGCGCACGACGCCCUCCGCAGCGUAAUCAUCUCGCAGCAACUCCUGGGCACGCGCGAGAUCAUCCUCAUCAAGCACACGGACUGCGGCAUGCUGACGUUUACGAGCGAAUUCGCGCACGGGCUCGUGGAGAAGAAUAUUGGCGAGGAGGCUGAGACGGAUAUUAGGGGGUUGGAUUUCUUGACUUUCCCGGAUGUGGAGGCGGAGGUGAAGAGAGAUGUUGCUUGGUUGAGGGGGAAGAAGGCCGUUUUGGAUGUUCCUCCAGCUUCAUCCAGGAUUGAAGGACCAAAGUAUCGCAAAAUCGCCAACAUCGACCUCACGAUGACUGUCUCGAUUUCCACCAAAGUUCCCCCCCAAGCUCCGCCCUCCUUCGACUUCACCCCCUCCUCCCUCCUCGCAGAAACCCAAUCCAUCAUCGCCCGCACCAAAGCUCUCGAAGACCACCUCGCAACCACCCUAACCCCCUCAACCGCCACCUUCUCCAACCUCCUCUCCCCCCUCGAGGAGGACUACCUCUCCGCCCGCUCCCGCACCACCAUCAUCCACCACAUCGGCACCGUCUCCGCCGACCAAGCCCUCCGCGACGCCUCCCUCGAAGCCGACAAGCUCCUCGCCGCCGCUUCGGCCGAGAGCAUCGCCCGCCGGGACAUCGCCGCCCUAGUUGGCGCCGUGUACGAGCGGUACAAGCGCGGCGACGAAGUCCUCGACCCGCAGGAUUCGCAUCUGCUCGAGGAGACUUAUGGGAGCUAUCGCCGGAACGGAGCGGCGCUGGAGGAAGGGCCCGAGAGGGAGAGGUUUUUGGAGCUGAAGAGGGAGUUGCAGGAUGUUUUGUUGGCGGCGAGGAGGACGUUGAAUGAGGCGGAUGAUGGGGUGUGGUUUACAAGGGAGGAGCUGGAAGGUGUUCCGGAGAGGAAUGUGGCCAAGUAUAAGACGCGCGAGGAUGAGAAUGGGACGACGCAGUACUGGGUUACUUUCCGUGGAGGGGAUUAUGUGGCGGUUAUGCAUAAUGCUGUUCGUUCGGCGACGAGGAAGAAGGCGUAUUUGGCGAGGGGUAAUAGGUUUCCUGAGAAUGUCGAGAGGUUGCGUCGUGUGGUCAAGUUAAGGGAUACAUUGGCCAAGAUAUUGGACUACGAGAACCACGCCGCCUUGAAGAUGGAAGGACGCAUGUCGGAAAGCGUCGAGGAGGUCGUGAGCUUCCUCGAUGACUUGAAAGAUAGGCUGAAGCCCAUCGGUAAGGCUGAGAUCGAGGCGUUGCUGGAGUUGAAGAGGGAUCAUCUGAAGAAGAUGGGAGUCGUCGCGGAUGCUGCUUCCGGUCAUGUUAGCGAUGACUUUGCUUAUCUUUACGCUUGGGACUUCUCUUUUUACCAGCGGAUGUACGACCACGAGAAGUUCGCUCUCGAUAUGAGCAAGUUCCCCGAGUACUUUGAAGUGUGGCACACGCUCAAAGGUAUGCUGUCCAUCUUCGAGAGGCUCUUCGGUCUGGCGUUUCGUCGCGCCAAGUGUUCCGCGUGGCACGAGGAUGUCGUUCUUUACACCGUCUGGGAUAGCGAUGCGCUGGGUGGUGAGUUUCUGGGAUAUUUAUAUCUGGACUUGUUCGCUCGCCAAGGAAAACUAUCACAGGCACAUCAUACAUCUCUGGUUCCGGGCUUCAUCGAUACCAGCAAAGGUAAGCGUCAAUACCAAGUCGGCGCCCUCAUCCUCAGCCUCAGCAGACCCACCCCGGACCACCCAACCCUCCUCCUCCACGGCGAGACCAAAACAAUGUUCCACGAGCUCGGCCACGCCAUCCACUACCUCGUCGGCAAGACCAAAUAUGCCCGAGGAUUCUCUCGAGACUUUGUCGAGAUCCCCAGCAUCGUCCUCGAGAAUUGGAUCUGGGAGCCCGACGUGCUCAUCGAGAUUAGCCGCCAUUACAGCCUCCUAGGCGACGAGAACAUGCAGCGGCACUGGAAGGCCGAGCAAGCUAAGGCGGCUUCUGCUGGAAAGCAGCCCGUCGGGGAGGAACUCGAACCUACACUUCCAAGACAAUUCGCGACGGAUAUUGCGCGUACGAGAGCUGUGAAUGGGGCUGGACAUAUGCUCUUCCUUAUUCACCAGGCCUUGUUUGAUCUGACAAUCCAUACGGGUAAGGGGUACAAUGACGUGGUGGAUAUUGAUCUCACGAGGCUGUUUAGCGAGCUGGGAGAGGAGAUUACCAUGCUUGCUGGGUUGGUGGAUAAGAAGACGGGCGAGCCGACGACGAUAAGGGAGGCGGGAUUUGGGCAUAUCUUCCGGGCUUAUGAUGCUGGGUACUUUGCGUAUGCGCUGUAA